AUGGUAAAAUUAACGACGAAAUAUUUAUUUCGUAAAAUAUCGAAAAAAAAUUCAUUUCAAAAAAAGAAAAAAGGGGAAACGGAUAUAGAAUAUUUAAAUAGGGUAACACAUCUUCACCUUCAAUCACAGUACAUAGAUAAAAUUUCCGUCGUGCCACAGUGUCAAUCCGUCAAAGUUAUUUACUUGCAAAAUAAUUUAAUCGUCAAUUUGGAAAACUUGAAUAAUUUUCCCAAUUUGACUCACCUUUACCUUCAACACAAUUACAUAAAUAAAAUGGAAAAUAUAAAUUGUUUGACGUCGUUGAAAAAGUUAUAUUUGGGUUAUAACGAAAUUUCCGUGGUCGAAGGUUUGGAAGGAAUGAAAAAUUUAUCCGAGCUUCAUUUGGAAAAUCAAAGGUUGCCACAGGGGGAAACGUUGUUUUUCGAUCCGAGAACAAUAUCUCACCUCAGUCAAUCCCUUAAAAUCCUUAAUUUGGCCAAUAAUAACAUAGAUUCCGUGUCCCCGUUGGAAAAUUUAACCGCAUUGACGAAACUCAUCAUAGACGGUAACAAAUUGAAAAACGUUAAAGAUUUUACGGAAACGAUAUAUUGUUGGCCAUUUUUGGAAGAAUUGAAUUGCGACGAUAAUCCCAUGGUCAACGACAGGAAAUAUUUCGACGAAAUCGUCGUAGCAUCGAAAUCCCUAAAAAUUCUCAACGGAAAACAAAUAAACGAACAAACGAGAGAAUUUUUAACGAAUUUAUUCAACAAUCGCGAAAACGGUAGAAAAUUAUACGAAUUGUCCACGAGAAUAUUCGAUUCGGAAGAAAUUGUUAAUAAAGGAAUCGAAACGGAAUCAAAAAUCGGUUCGAAAUUAUUUCCGGUUUUAAAUGAAUUAUCAAAAGAAAGGAAAUUAUUUUAUAAAAAUUCGUUGAAUAAAAGUUAUACUUCCGUUUAUAGCAAAACAUUGCACGUCACGCAUAUAAACGAUCUCAAUUGA